AUGUCUGAAUUCGAUGACCCCGAUCCCUCUCGAAAUGAACGCUUGAGCCCGUAUCCUGAGCGGGCUCGACCAAAAGGAGCCGCUUCUGGCCCAGAGCAUACUAACGAAAAUACCUACGAUAGAUUCGAGCAGUUUCUUUUGGCAGAGGGCGAGAAGAAGGUGGAGAUGACAUUGGAUACACGAAUGCCAAAUACAUGUAUCUUCAAGUUUAACAAGGAAGACCAUACUUUGGGUAACCUCUUGCGCGCUCGACUACUUCAGGACCGUCGCGUCACCUUCGCCGCCUACAAGGUUCCUCAUCCACUCUUUCCCACGUUCGAGCUUCGAGUCCAAACCGAUGGCUCUCUUUCACCCAAGGAAGCGCUUCUCCAGGCCUGUCGAGACUCCGUCAGUGAUCUCAAUACUCUGAGCAGAGAAUUCACCAAGGAGUACGAGCUGAGGAAGAUGGUCAAUGAGGGAAGGGAGAAUGGUAUCUAG